ACAGUUAAGAUUUUCCUCUAGUUAAGAUCGAUUAGUGAAUCGUUUAAGUAGAAAUUAUGGUGCAGUUUAGACUAAUGAUUGUUCUACCAAUAAUAAUUGGUGUGCUACAGGUUUGCACAGCCAAUCCAAUUUCCUCUGAAGAGGAAGCCGAUCCGGCAAAGCUGUUCUCAGCAGAUGAAUUAGAACGUGCAAAGAACGCAGAAUUAAACGUGGCACGAUUAGUUGAAGGAAAAUCUUAUGGCCUCACGUUCGAAGAAAUGAUGAAAUUCCAUGAAUUGCGAAAGAAUAAAGGAAGUACUGGCAUGACGUCUGCACACAUGAAAAAAGUUUGUGGGAUCUUGGUUCCUGAACUAACAAUUUCAAAAGAUUUGACCAGCGCUCAGGAAGCACAGUUACCGAAGAUGGGAAAAAUGAUGAAUCAUUUUGUAGGCAAACGCGAUCCUUUUGAUUUUAUUCGAUCGAUGCUUUGUGGUUAUUUAAGUGAACCUGAUGUAAUUGAAUUGGAAGCUAAUACAUUCGGUUUACCAUUGGUUACUUACUUGGAAAUGCUUUUUUUCAAAUCGAAAGCUGAAGAAGCUUCAACAAGCGUCGAACAUGUUAUAGUGGCUAAACAAAUUUGCUGCUUGCGUAUAAACCGAAGUGAGAACGAGGUAGUUAUGUUGGAUAGAUCGACAUUCAAUGGAGAAUUGCCCGAUGCAGAUUUGAUUGGAUUUGUCGAACAAUGGAAUGCAUUCGAAACUUCAAAGACAUUGAAAUCAUUGGAAAACGUCUGCGAUUUUCUACAAACCAAAGAACACACCAACGACAAAUGCGUGGUAGCUACGCCAAUUGAUGGACCAAUUGAUGAAUCAGUUGAUUUGUAAAGUUUUAUAGUAUGAGUACAGGGACUAAAAUAGGGAUUUUUUUCGGUGUAGCCACAUCUUGUCAGGGCCCAUGUUUUCGCUCUGAAGGGGCCAAAUCUAAUAUGUAAAACAAAACUUGGGUGAAUAAACUUGUAGUCACAGACUUUA